CUGCGUUGCAGCUAGAAAAAAUGAGAAGAGCAAAAAUGCUUGAGGGUACAUCCAAAGAGGAAGGAGCACAAACACACUCUGAAGAAUUGCUUAUUCCUUUCUACAGGCUCAUCCUUUAUCUUCCAUAUCAGUGCCAGCAAAUUGAUCACAGAUGUCUCUUUCUCUCUUCUGCCCUCUACAUACGGGAACUUCUGUUUCCUUACACUUACACAGACUUGAACAAAGUAUUUUGUCUCUUCACUAUUACUUCAUCUGGCUUAUCUACAAUGAUGAGAAGAGACUGAAGCAAUCUCAGGAAUGUUAGUGCUUACCUUGAAGAACUUGAAAGGCGGAAAUUUCAUAAGAUCAAAAAGGGGCAAGCACAGUAUUUAUGUAUAAAAUGGGGCAAGAGGCAUGAAAAGGAACUGCGAAAUUACAGUUGACAUCAACUAGUUUGAUUCAAAUUCCUGGAAAACAUUGAAAGAGAUGAACUUCUUAGCAUCUAGAUGAAUAACAGCCAGCUAAGACAUGCCAAGAAGCCAGCUGAGCCCAUCAGAGGAGAAGAAAGAAGUGCCAUCUAUCACCACAUGCUGACUUGGAUUUGCAACAAGAUCCCACAGGGCUCUCUCCAGGGAAUGACCGUGCAUUGCCACCAAGAACUACAGGCUGGUAUCUGCCGACCUUUGCAAGCAUCCUGCCAAGGCACGAGCAGCCAGGAGAGCGUGAACAAACCCAGCUCAAAGGCCCUCGGAGCUUUCAGCUGUAACUCACACCUUCAAACCCAGGCUUAUCCAGCCUUGCUCCAAAUCUCCGUGCUGCCCAAAUCCCGGCUCGGGGCUGUCCCAGGCCCCAAAUCCCGGCUCGGGGCUGUCCCAGACCCCAAAUCCCGGCUCGGAUAUGUCCCAGACCCCAAACCCUGUCUCGAGGCUGUAUCAAACCCUAUCUCGGGGCUCUCCCUGACCCCAAAUCCCGGCUCGGGGCUGUCCCAGGCCCCAAAGCCCCUCUCGGGGUCCCCCCCGGGAGCCCCGGCCCCGCGCUGCGCUGCUGCCGCCUGUCGGCCCGAGCGCGGUACUGCAGGCGCCCACAGAACCACGGAGACACGGAAGCACGGAGUCACAGGAUGACAGAAACACAGAACCACAGAAUCUCGGAAUCUCGGAAUCACUGAAUGAACUAGGCUGGAAAAAACCUUUUCAGACCGUCAAGUCCAACCUAUGACCUAACACCCCCUCAUCAACUACACCACAGCACUGAGUGCCACGUCCAGUCUUUUUUUAAACACGUCCAGGGGCGGUGACUCCACCACCUCUCUGGACAGACGAUUCCAUUGCCCAAUCACUCUUUCAGUGAAGAAUUUUUUUCCAACGUCUAACCUAAACUUCCCUAGGUGCAGCUCCAGUCCGUGCCCUCUCGUUGUGCCAGGGAGAAGGGAGCGGUCCCCGCCUGGCUGCAGCUGCACUGUGUCCGGUGUCUGCAAGGUCCGAGCCUCGGCUGAGAGCGCCACAGCAUCCCCGAAAUGCUGCCCCAGAAAGAGCUGGGCCACCAGGGGUCCUGGCCCACUCCCUCACCCCCAUAACUCGCCACCCUUACCACCAAAAGCAUUUCAAUACAGCGAGAUGCAUGAGGCUGUACUCGCUUGUUUUCUUCCCCUCUUCUUGACUCUUUAUGGGCAAUAAAACAGCACAAUGGAACUGAUAGAGGAGCCUAGGAUCUUAGACUUAAUCAAACGGAAACCCUGGGAGAGUCAGACACAGAUAGCUUCUCCCUGGGGUAGAAGUGACCAGGAGAUACGUUGUGAAACUUUGUAAUGAUUUCCAGGUAACUGAUACCAUGAAGAGUGUAUAACCAAUGGGAAAUUGUUACCAAAAAUAGAACCCUAUAUAAGUGCUGUAGAAGUAAAACCCUAUAUAAAUGCCUUGUAUACUCAAUAAAAUUGGCUUCUGAUCUCGACUCGGAUGUCCCUGUCUCUCAGUCACUGAUAACUCUUUUCAAAUGCUUUAAAUGUAAAUUCCCUCAUGGAUUUCCGAGCAAAAGCAAUUAAUAUAGUAUUAUCAGGAAUGGAAGAAGAAACUCACCCUUAUGCAUUGCUCUGCACAAGGAAGACAAAUAGAAACUUUGGGGCAGUGUUUGUUUGCUCUCACACUUGAUUAAUUCAUAUUUACAGUGCUUUGCUUCAUUUGAAUGGAGCUUUUUGUGAUUUAUUUCUAAUAUAUUUUCAGUAAUGUAGCCCUUGCCUGCUAGCACAGACAGAAAUUGAACUAAAAUAGUCUGUGGCUUAUUUCCUAAUGUUUAUUUACUGCUCUCAUAGUAAA